AUGGCUCCACUUUUUGCAAAUUCUUUAUUGCAAGAUAUUGCUCGAUUAUUCACCGAACCUGAUGAUUAUGAUGUGUUACUUGAAGUUGGUGGAAGAAACGAUAAAAAAACUUUUAAAGCUCAUUCUUUAAUUUUGAAAACUCGUUCUCCUUAUUUUAAGGCUGCUUUAUCUUCUAAUUGGGUGAAAAAAGAAAAUGAUAAAAUUAUUUUUGCAAAGCCUAACAUUACUCCAAUAGUUUUCAAGAAAAUUUUAAAAUUUAUUUAUACGGGAGAAUUUUCUUUGAUGGACGAUAAUAGUCGAGAUUUAUUCACUGAUUUUUUGAUUGCUGCCGAUGAACUUAUUCUACCGGAAUUAACAAAAUACAUAGAAGAAUAUAUAAUUACUUACGAAAGAGAUUGGAUUCAAGAAAAUCUUGCUAAUAUAUUUAUUUUAACUUCAUAUAAAUAUGAAAAUUUUACCAGACUUUGGAAACAUUUUUGUGAAUUAUUAGCUCAACAACCAAACAAAAUUUUUACUUCCCCAAGUUUUGUUUCGUUAGAUAAAUCAAUAUUACUUGAAUUUAUUAAACGCGAAGAUUUAAAUAUUAAUGAAAUUGAAAUUUGGAAAAAUUUAAUAAAAUGGGCUCAUGGUCAAUCACCUGAAAUUGAUCAAAAGGAUUUUAAUAGAUUGGAGGAUCGAUUAAAAGAUUUUAUUCCAUAUAUAAGAUUUUUUAAUAUUACAAAGGAAGAUUACAUUUCGGAAGUUCAACCGUGUGAGAAAAUUCUUCCCGAUAAUUUAAGAAAUGAAUUAAAGAAAUUCUUUAAAUCUGUUGAUAUUUCUCCUCCACAAUUUUAUUCUCUUUCACCAAGAGUUCCUAUUCUUCAAUCUGUACCUGAUUCUGUUGUAGUCAAUAACAAACAUUUGGCCCUUUUAUCAAGUUGGAUCGAUUCAAUGGAUAAUGAUGAAAGUAAUUAUAAUCUUUUAAAUGAUAAUUAUAAAUUUAAUCUGUUACUUCGCGGAAGUCGUGAUGGAUUUAAAGUUAAAGAAUUUCAUGAACUUUGUGUUAAUAAGGGACCUACUUUAGUGAUUAUUAAAGUUAAAGGUACAAAUCAAAUCAUUGGUGGCUAUAAUCCUAAUUCUUGGAAAUCAAAUAAUUCUUGGGAUAAAUCAGAUGCUUCCUUUAUCUUUUCUUUGGGUGAUGGGAAAAAUCUUAAAGAUAUUAUUUUAAGUAGAGUUGAAUAUGGUGGAAUUCCGGUUUACAAUUCAAGUAAUUCUUUAUUAGGAUUUCAAGAUCUAAAUUGGUUUGAGGGAAGAUAUAAAAACAAUUAUUUUCAAAAAGAAAUUAUGAAAGGACGAUCGAGCGUUUGUAAGUUUACUGUUGAAGAAUAUGAAGUUUUCCAAGUUAUAAAAAAUGAAACAGAUCAUGAGUCGCGUUUUAAUUUCAUGGAGAAUAUGAAGGUUAUAUGGGAGAUAAAAGAAGAAUAA